CGCGGUGUUCACUAGGUGUCACUACCCCGCCGCCCGGGGGGGCCUGGGGGGAGCCACACGGACACGGUGCCCGUCAACCUUGCAGACGAGGUUGCAAAAAGGGGAAAAGCAAAGGAAAAAGGAAAAACUCGAGUGCUUUUCUACCCCCGCGAGGGCCAAGUGUAGGACGGGAAAACACACACCGCGCCUGGGCGCGGAACGUUCGGUUUUGCGGCCAGUGCACGGCAUUCCCGAGCAGCGCUUUAUUGUGGCGAACUCCUCAUGCCGGCUGCGAACCGGUAAAAGUCACCCGAUCCACGCGAUUCACGGCCGCAAGGCCCCGGACGCGACCGAAGGGGAGGGAGCGCUGAUCCUCGGGAGACGGAAUUGUCUCAUGAAUGGUGCGUUCCAUCCGAUCGCCGAGGGCCUGGAGUUGUGCCUGCGCCCGAGGCCCGGUUGCUGGGAAACCAGCGCGCACUGGAGCUGGCGGAGCGUUGCAGGAGGCGUUUCUUGAGCCCAAGAACGGCUUUGACCUUCUUAAGAUGGCGUCUCGACCUUAACCGCAGACAUCACGCUCGCACGACUUCCGCCAUGGCCGCCACGUCCGGUUCGAAGACCCCGCGACUGUCCACGGUGGUAACGGAACACACGUUACGCUAAGGAGCCUUUUUCGCCCGGCAGUGGCUUCCAGAGAGAUAUAAAGACGCUGUCCGCGGUGGGCAUUUGGCGGGUUCCCCGCGUCCCGAGGCCCUCCGUGCCGCCUCAGGUGGUGACUAAGCGGAGUUUUCAUCAGGCGCACGCCGCGGACAGCCUGACGCUCGCCGGGCUUCGGCGGGCGAGGGAAGACCCGAGAGCCGCAGGCUGCGCAAGAUGGCGACCGCGGCCGCAUCCUCUGCGUCCGAGCCGGAGGUUGAGCCCCGGGCCGUGCCCGAGGCCGAGGGGGAAGAGGAUGACGCGAAGGCGGCCCGCGCGGAGAGGAAGGUGCUGCCCCGCGCCGUGGCCGUGGACGCGGCCAAGGCCACGGGGCCGGGGUGGGAGCUGCAGCAGGAAGGCGUGAGCGACAGUGACGGGGAUGAGGAGGACGCCAUGGCUUCCUCCGCCGAGAGCUCCCCCGGGGAGGACGAGUGGGAGUACGACGAGGAGGAGGAGAAGAACCAGCUGGAGAUCGAGCGCCUGGAGGAGCAGCUGUCCAUCAAUGGCUUUGACUACAACUGCCACGUGGAGCUGAUCAGGCUGCUGCGGCUGGAAGGGGAGCUCAACAAAGUGAGGAUGGCCCGCCAGAAGAUGAGCGAGCUCUUCCCCUUGACUGAAGAGCUUUGGCUGGAGUGGCUGCACGACGAGAUCAGCAUGGCCAUGGACGGCCUGGACCGAGAGCACGUGUACGAGCUCUUCGAGAGAGCCGUGAAGGACUACAUCUGUCCGAACAUUUGGCUAGAGUAUGGCCAGUACUCAGUUGGAGGCAUUGGUCAGAAAGGUGGCCUCGAGAAGGUUCGCUCUGUGUUUGAAAGGGCCCUGUCAUCUGUUGGCUUACACAUGACAAAAGGCCUGGCCAUCUGGGAGGCUUACCGAGAGUUUGAAAGUGCCAUUGUGGAAGCUGCUCGGCCCAUAGCUGCCUUCCUUUCCCCUUCUGACUGGGAACAAACCUUUGAUUCACAGCUGGAGAAAGUCCACAGCCUCUUCCGGCGACAGCUGGCGAUCCCGCUGUACGAUAUGGAGGCCACCUUUGCCGAGUAUGAAGAAUGGUCAGAAGAGCCCAUCCCGGAGUCCGUCCUUCAGAACUACCAGAAGGCCCUGGAGCAGCUGGAGAAAUACAAGCCCUUUGAGGAGGCGCUGUUGCAAGCAGAGGCCCCAAGGCUGGCGGAAUACCAAGCGUACAUUGAUUUUGAGAUGAAAAUUGGGGAUCCUGCUCGCAUUCAGUUGAUCUUUGAGCGUGCCCUGGUGGAGAACUGCCUGGUCCCAGACUUAUGGAUCCGCUACAGUCGGUACCUAGAUCGGCAGCUGAGAGUAAAGGAUUUGGUUUUAUCUGUACACAGCCGUGCUGUGAGGAACUGCCCCUGGACAGUGGCCCUGUGGACUCGGUACCUCCUGGCCAUGGAGAGACACGGAGUGGACCAUCAAAUGAUUUCUGCGACCUUCGAGACUGCUCUGAGUGCCGGCUUCAUCCAGGCCACUGACUAUGUGGAGAUUUGGCAGGUGUACCUGGACUACCUGAGGAGAAGGCCGGCUGCUGGAGCCGCUCUAGUCAGACCCCUGCGCCACCCCCGAGGUCAGCUGGAGAAGCCUGGGGUGGACUUACACUAUGCCGGAUCGUACACCGUGCCCGAUGCUGUUUCACACGGCCCUGUGCCCCCGCCUGUCCCUGCCGGGCAGUAUUUCAAAAUGGCGGCUGUCGUGGCUUCAUGGAGUUCCUCCGCCUUUCCAACAGACUCUAGCAAGGAGCUGGAAGAGCUGCGGUCCAUGUUCACCCGUGCUCUGGAGUAUCUGCAGCAGGAGGUGGAGGAGCGUUUCAGUGAGAGCGGAGAUCCAAGUUGCGUGAUCAUGCAGAGCUGGGCGCGGGUUGAGGCUCGUCUGUGCAACAACAUGCAGAAAGCUCGAGAGCUCUGGGACAGCAUCAUGACCAGAGGAAACGCCAAGGUCUCCCCUUGCACCUGCAGAGGCGUGUGGAGGGGAGCAAAUGCCCUGGUGUUUCUGAAAGCCGCCGUCUCCUCUGUAGUCGGGGCUCUUCCGCCUCCGCAGGCGCCCCGUCCACGUUCUCUGCCGUGGGCUCUAAUGGCAGCCGUUUGUCCUCUGCUCAGGGCGCACGGCGACACGCAGCACUGUCGGAAGGCGCUGCACCGAGCUGUCCAGUGCACCAGUGACUACCCUGAGCAUGUCUGCGAAGUGUUGCUCACCAUGGAGAGGACGGAAGGGACCUUAGAAGAUUGGGAUGUGGCCGUUCAGAAAACCGAAACUCGCUUGGCUCGCGUGAAUGAGCAGAGGAUGAAGGCUGCAGAGAAGGAAGCCGCUCUUGUGCAGCAGGAGGAAGAAAGGGUUGAGCAGCGGAAGAAGGUGAGGGCCGAGAAGAAAGCCCUGAAAAAGAAGAAAAAGACCCGCGGGGCAGACAAACGCAAGGCGGACGAGGAGGAUGAGAGAGAAUGGGGCGAGGAAGAGGAGGAAGAGCAGCCUUGCAAGCGCAGACGCCUGGAGAAUAGUGUGGCCUCUGCCGUGGCUGCAUCCACGCAGGAAGACACGGAAGUGGCUGGGAGAUGUGUGACCAUAGACGUUGCUCCUCCUUCCAAGCAGAAGGAGAAGGCAGCCUCCCUCAAGCUGGACAUGCCCAAGGUGGCUCACGACAGCAGUAAAGACAGCGUCACGGUCUUUGUUAGCAACUUGCCCUACAGCAUGGACGAGCCAGAGGUGAAGCUCAGGCCACUCUUUGAGGCCUGCGGGGAGGUGGUUCAGAUCAGGCCGGUCUUCAGCAACCGUGGGGACUUCAGGGGCUACUGCUACGUGGAGUUUAAAGAGGAGAAGUCAGCCCGUCAGGCCCUGGAGCUGGACAGGAAGAAUGUGGAAGGAAGGCCAAUGUUUGUCUCCCCUUGUGUGGAUAAGAGCAAAAACCCCGAUUUUAAGGUGUUCAGAUAUAGCACCACCCUGGAGAAACACAAACUCUUUAUCUCGGGCCUGCCCUUCUCCUGCACCAAAGAGGAACUCGAGGACAUUUGUAAGGCUCAUGGCACCGUGAAGGACCUCAGGCUGGUUACCAACAGGGCUGGCAAGCCGAAGGGUCUGGCCUAUGUGGAGUAUGAAAAUGAGUCCCAGGCGUCCCAGGCAGUCAUGAAGAUGGAUGGCAUGACCAUCAAAGAGAAUGUCAUUAAGGUGGCAAUCAGUAAUCCUCCUCAGCGGAAGGUUCCAGAGAAGCCGGAAGUGAGGACCCCUAUGGUACCCCGGCAGAUGUAUGGAGCGCGCGGGAAGGGAAGGACCCAGCUUUCUCUUCUUCCUCGGGCUCUGCAGCGCCACACUGCUGCUCCUCAGGCCGAGAACGGCCCUGCUCUGGGGCCGGCUGCCACCACUUCCAUGACCACCGAGGCUCCUAAGAUGUCCAAUGCUGAUUUUGCGAAGUUGCUUCUGAGGAAGUGAAGAGGACUCUGAGAGAUGGGAAAUGCCUUACUUACUCCUUCAUGCUGGCCAGACAGGUCACUGUGGGCCCUGGAGAUAGGAGGGCUGGGCACUCACCUGCCUCCCAGAUUCUCCUCUGAUGGAGACGAGAAGGAAAAGCCUACACUGAGCAUGGCGGCGAGGAGUAUUCCCUCACAUUGAGGGCGGAGGCCAGCUGCUUUACGGGCUGUCCCCAGGUACUUCAGUGUCUAACAAGGAGGGACUCAGCUUUUGAGGCCCACUUGUCCUGAUACUUUGAUCACCUCUGGCCCCUUUUCUACAAACCCCCUACCCCCCCAAGCCCUGCACAGCACGAGUGCCCAUCGCUCCUUAGACCUAAAAAGAUACAAUGGAAAAUGCUUGUCACUCAUCAGGAUGGCCUGGCUAGUACAGUGCGGGCGGGGCCAUCGCAGAGGACACGUGAUGAUGGGCUUUUGUCCAAAGAGGCGCGAGAGUUUUUUAUUAUGUAUUUGUAAUUGACACAUCAACUGUUUUAUGUUCCCAAAGCGGAAUGUCUGCGGUAUUUGUUUAUAUAGGAAUGCGUGUGCCACUGCUGUGGACCAUUUUCUUUGCCUGGUGACUGGAGACCUGUGUCCUCUGUCCACCCUUGUGUCUAAAUGCUGUGUCCAGCGCGAAGUCGUUCCCCACUUAGCUUUGUUUAUUAAAGUGAAGUUCUCUCUUACCAAA